GUGCUGCGGUCGUGUGCGAUUCGCGCUGUGAUGUGAAUCAUGGCUUCUCCAAUGGGAAUUCGUGUGUGAUCAUCGCCGUCGCGUUGAUCGGCUCCCGCUUUUGUCGCCGCAGCUGUGUGUGUGCUGGUCACGAAAGUAGUAAACUGUGCCACCCUUUCGCGGUUUUUCGCGAUUAAUCGUAAAGAGCCGCGCAUGUUACAUGAAUGAAUAGAGAAGCGAGUGCCAAGGACAGGUUAAGUGAGCACCAUUGUCACAGCCAGCGCUUGGCCAGUGUCUCGGCGCAUUUUGGUCGAACUGCGUGCCGCUAUGGUGUCGUCCUAGCGCCGUACGUCCGCGAUUGCUGCGGCAGCGACGAUGGGCUUGGGAUACGCGAGCGUCGGCUGCUCGUCUAGGCCUAACAAAGCUCUCUGCGUCGGACAAAGGCGUACUCCUCUGACAGCUGACUGCGAACAGCGACGAGUCUGACGCGUCGGAAACGCGCCCAGCCCUGCACACCAUGGAGACUGUGGGAGAGUUCGAGUACAACACCAAGGAUUUGAUCGGCCACGGCGCCUUUGCGGUCGUCUACAAAGGACGCUACAAAACGAAGCCGGAGCUGCCGGUGGCCAUCAAGAGCAUCACCAAGAAGAACCUGGCAAAGUCGCAGAAUCUCCUCGGCAAGGAAAUUAAAAUUCUCAAGGAGCUGUCUGAGCUGCAUCACGAGAACGUGGUCGCCCUGCUCGACUGCAAGGAAACCACCCACCAUGUCCAUCUCGUCAUGGAGUACUGCAAUGGAGGAGACUUGGCCGAGUACCUCUUGGAGAAAGGUACGCUGAGUGAGACUACCAUCCGCCUUUUCCUGAGGCAAAUUGCUGGUGCCAUGCGAGCACUCAAUGCCAAGGGUAUCGUGCAUCGAGACCUGAAGCCGCAGAACAUCUUGCUCUGUCACGGGCCGCGACCCAAGCCGGCACCGGCGGACAUCACACUCAAGAUCGCGGACUUCGGCUUCGCGCGGUUUCUCCAGGACGGCGUCAUGGCGGCCACACUGUGUGGGUCGCCCAUGUACAUGGCGCCCGAGGUGAUCAUGUCUCUCCAGUACGAUGCCAAGGCCGAUCUAUGGAGUAUCGGCACCAUCGUGUUCCAGUGUCUCACGGGCACUGCACCAUUCAAGGCUCAGACUCCUCAGGCCCUGAAACAGUUCUACGAGAAAGCAACAAACCUAGCUCCCAAGAUACCAUCUGGAACGUCUCGUGAACUGCACGAUCUUCUGAGCAGGCUUCUCAAGAAGAAUGCAAAGGAUAGAAUGGAUUUUGAUGAGUUCUUCUCACAUCCAUUCUUGAAGACUGUGACCAAGCUGAGUUCUCCCAUGCCAGUGCCAUCGCGACGCUCAGCAUCUCCACCGGAUGUGGGGGGUGGAGCAGUGGCCCCUCCAUCAGGGGGCUGGGGCUCCCCCAUGUCGGGACAGCUUCCCCCUUCCCCUCAGGGCUGGUGUGGGGAAGACUUGGGGGGCUCGGGGGCGACGCAGGCAGCUGCCCUCAAGAGUGCCUCAUCCUCCUCCUCGCCUGAAGAACAGGACUUUGUUAUCGUCCCAACUUCGAUUGGAGAAGAUCAGCAAAGCAGUGGUGCUGGAGGUGCUCGAUGGCCUUCCGAGGACUCGGGCAGCACUCCAGCCAAGAAGAUGGCCUCGGGAGGCAAUGUGCCGGCAUCGCCAACGAGCCACGAGGGUUCUCCUAGACCUUCCUUCUUGCCCGUGCAGCAGCCGCAACAGCAGCAGCAAAUGAUGAAGCAGCAACAGCCAUCCCAUCAGCCCCAACCGAGAGCUCCCUGCGGCCCGCGGACAGAACCGAUUCCAGUUCCGUCGCAGAAGCGGGCCUUUGAGCAGAUGCAACGCAGCGGAGGCAGCAGCAGUGGUGGUGGUGCAGCCGCAACGACUGCAGUGCUGCCUUCUGAAGGAGCUGCCUCGCCCAACGAUAACAUGACUGGAGCACCUUCAUCGCCACGACGGAUGCAACUGGAGCGGAAGGACUCGCUGGGGUCGAACUCAAGCGACCUGGGGCGCAGGACGCCAGAUUUCUCCAACCUGUCUCCUCCCUCAGUGCAAUUCCACAUCGGGACUCCGCCCGGGGGUGGUCGCCGGCGCCACCUGAGUGGAGGAACCCCGCCGAGGGUCAGGCACUCCAUACCCAUCGCCACCUCGGGGUCACCUCUCCGACGACACUAUUGUGGCAUGGCCAACGUGAACCAGCUGGCGAUGCUGAAUGGCAACCCUCAGCAGCUGCCCCCCAUUCUCGGCUCACCGCUGAAUGGCCGGGAGGGAGACCCCAGCAUCGGCUUCAACCUCAACGCCAUCCGUAAUACGGCCCUGGCCACCCGAGCCAUGACAUUGCCGGAGAUGCGCAGAGAUGGCAGUGGAGGAUCUGACCAACUGGAUGGUGGCCUCCACAAGUCGGGCAGUGCUGGAGGCAGGCUAUACGACCAUGGGGCGUUCUUCCGAGGAGCCAACCUCGUCUCGGAGCAGGCAGCACUCGGCUCGUACAGCCCGCCAGGCAGCAUGGGUGCAUUCUUUCCGGGCAGUGGGGACUGGCCGGGGGGCCGGCUGAAUUCUCCGGGAGCCACGGCAGUGGCCCCGUGCUGCUUUCCUUUUGGCACUUCGCCGCCCACGGGCGAGCCACCAAACUUCGUGCCACCCCCCGAGCUGCCCCAAGAGACCCUCUUGGAUCGGGAGCACAACGAGACCCUGGCGAAGCUGCACUUCAUCGAUGCUCUGGUGGGAUGUAUCGUGGAGCUGGCGCGAUCCAAGGCGGAGCCUCUGGCCGCUGCCUUGACCGAGUCCAUGUACUGGCGGCAGUGCUGCUCGUCUCCAGAGGAACAGGUGGCCCGUGCACUCGGUGAGGGCCAUCGACGUGCCGAGCAGCUGGUGCUGUACGUACGGGCUGUGCAGCUUCUGGCCUCUGCACUCAACCUGGCCCGUGACCAGGUGGCUCAGAGGCGGCUCAGGGCAUCGUCGAGUGUGCGGCAGCUCCUGCGCAACAUGCAGCAGACCUUGCACCGCUGCAUGGACUGCUGCCGACGGCUGUCCCAGCAGGGGGUGCUGCAGGCCUCGGCAUCGACCACCUCGGUGCCCCCUCUGACGGCCGACCGGCUGCUCUACAACUAUGCCAUCGAUAUGUGCCAGACGGCUGCUAUGGGUGAGCUGUAUGUUCACACGGACGAGUACAACGGUGCCCUGGACGGCACGUCGAGUGAACACAGCCGCGAAGCAGUCACCAGUACCCUUACCGAGUGCUUUCGGCGCUACCAGACGGCCCAGAUCUUGCUGCACAGCUUGGCACAGCAAGUGGAAAACGACGACGACAGGGCAUUGCUCAACCGAUACAAGGACGCGGUGGAGAAGCGGCUCUACGUACUCCAGAGCGAAGGCCUCGUGUGCGCCUACGACUCCAGCUGUUGAGGAGGAAGCAUGGUGCACCGUUCCUCAGCCUCCCUUGUGUCAGCCCCUCCUUGCGUGACAUUGUGGUGCGUUUGCGCUGCUGCUGCCUGCCCUGACAAGUCGCCGUGCCUGAUGGUGGUCGCUUCGGAUGGACUUCAGCGACCUUGUUCAUUUCUUCAUUAGUUUCAUCAUCGCCCUCCAAGCUUCCUGUGUGUGUGUGCGUUUUUUUUUUUUUUCAAGGUCUAUUUUUAGUGUUACAAGAGCAGGGCUUUUUCUCAUGGACUCUUGCAAAGACAUUACUCACUCACGACUCAUGCGUGACUUUUCUUUUCUCAUUUCUGCAUUCUUCAUUUGUCAUCCUAGCAACAAAAAAUUAAAAAAAAAUUGCUGCACAAACUUCAGUUUCUUCAACGCUUUGGCAGUUCCUUUAAUUAAGUGGCACCCUGGCCCUAGAUCUCGUUUUCUGCACCGUAUUGUUGCGGUCGCGAGAUCCCUGACACAAAAAAAAAAGGGGGAGGGACCACAAAUGGGCGAGGGCUUUUUUUUUUUCCUUUCUUGCCUGUGUUUGCUGUACGAGACGUCUAAAAGUUGUGCAAGAGCUGCUGUUUACCUAAGGUGUUGGCAACUAAGCAACUUUUUGUGGUAAUGCUAAUGUAAGGAUGUCAUCGAACACAUGUACAACUUCUGCAAACACUUGUUGGCCUCCCACUUUUGUUACCUAGCUGAAAUAACGAAUUUCGCUGAUUAACAUGCUUAAGGUGGCAGGUUACGCACCGACUAGCAUGCUAAUGGGCACACCUGUCUGCCUAGCUAGUGUAUGCACCAAAUCACACUUUUCAUAUCCUCUAUUCUUACAAGUAGUCUAUUCCUAAACUCAAUCCCACAGUUGUUCGUUUGCAACGCUUGGUUUAUUUUGCUCUUUCAGUCGUUCUCGGUGCAUACCUUGCAAUCGGAUAGUUUGCAGAGUACCGACUUUCUCUCUGUUGGUACCUGAUACCGCUUUUUUUAGGCCUUGCUGCAAUAGUAGAAAACGGGUGUGUUACAAAUAAGUAGCUUUUUUUUCAAAAGGGGCCAAAUCCAAAACCGAAACAUGCCAAGUAAGGCUGUAUUGGCACAUACAUACUUUCAACUUUUCUUGAAAACAGUAAUAAUAAAGUAAUGUUGUCAAUUUAUUAGUGAUGUGUGUAGAGGAAUGUUUAGACUAUGUAUGUUCCUGUAGAGCCUUAUUUGAGCUAGUUGUAGUUUUGCAUCUGGCCCAUUUCGAAAAAUAAGCUCCUCAAACGCUGUGGCUACCACGUCGAAGUUCCACAAGUGUGGAACGUGUGCUGUCUAAUUUACCCCCCUCCCAACCCUCCCAGACCCUUGUCUUCUCAUUGCCUUCAAUCAUGGAGCUUACCCCUUCCCUAAUUUAUUUACCUUACCCAAGUUUUUCUAGUACCCGAGAGAGCUGUUCUCUAAAGAAGUUGUGAUAAAAACAACCCUUACCCCCACACGGCAAAGGGGAGAAUCGCAUCCGGCAAUUCAUGACAUUCUGUAAAAAAAGUGUUGCGCCCUUUGAAACAUGCCUUUGUCACGCGGAAGUAAUCGCCCAUAAUUUUUGCAUGCACUCGCAUUCUAAUCCUCUGUGUUGUUAGUGCUCAGUGUCUGCGUCAAUCAGUGACAUGUACCAUUACGCAUUCAGUCAAACUUCAAUGUAACAAAUGCAGAUGUAACAAAUCAUUAUAGUCUUGCCAUCAAUAUAAUCUCGCGGUACACACGUGUUUGUAAUGAAGUAUGAGCAUAUGUAGCAAAGCCACUUUCGUAUCUGAUGCUUCUUGUUUUGAGGCUCGACUUUAGCCUGCCUCAGACCCCCCUCCCCUCUCGGGAAGCUUUUUCCAAGAAACGAAAAUAAAGGUGGACCUGCAUGCUCUAAAUAGGCUGGUUAUUCCUAUGGGACAAGGGCAGACCUCGAAGAAAGUGUAGCUUUCCGUUUUUCCUUCAAGAAUGUAGGUUGUGGACCAAAGUGACCAUAGGUGGUGCUUAAGGAUGUCGAUUUCCCUGCUGCUGUGUAGGUGACUAGUCAGAUUGCCUGAGUGAGGAUUGAGAGUGGAUUCCCUUGAAAAACAAUUGACAGUCGAACCGCUUGGGUUUCGGGCCAAAAGCCAUGAGGAGAGAAAUUGUGCGGCAAAAUCUUUGCUCUGCUAAUUACCCGACGUGCCUGCAGACGUUGUCUAUUCGCCACUCGUCCUGUUUCAUUAUCUCUCUACUCGCCCGUUUACCUUCAUAUGCUUGCUGCUGCUGAUUGGUUUCUGCAACAAAUAAAUGCCAAUAUGAAUGAACAUUAUAAGAACAUCAAGUCUAAACAUUGUUGCUCCCUUCAAAAAUAUAUGUAAUAAUUAAAACAGUGUACCCGAGUCAACGCUUCUUUCACAUGUACCUUUCAUGUUGCAGUGGGCCUUUAAUGUUUUGUUUAUUGUCACAUUUUCUUAAGUGAAAGCACAAUUUCGCACUUCUGUUGACAGGUUUAGACGCAUGCUCGUAUUUUUUAUGUUAAUGCCACGGUGCAUUGUGAUUGCAGCGUAUAAAGGCCCACAAGUUUUGUCAGGUAGUUCUUUCUUUUUUUGUCGGCUCAUUUCGAAGCCUUUCUGAGCAGCUCAGAGUAAUUUAGCAGAGCCUCAUGGCUUUUGGCACUGUCAAAUCUGUGACUGAAGUGAGGAUGUGGUGUGGAAGGUAUUGCAAUGUUUAGUGAGCUCGUUUGUCGGAAAUUUCAUUUUUGCGUUUCCUUGUUUUACCACGCUUCCGUGGUGUGGUUGCACUGCUGAGGCAUACGAUGGUAUUGGCAAUAAUCGUGUGUCUCGUAAGAACGGCAUCAAAACAGUUUGCACACUUGGUUUUUCUCGACUGUUUAUCCCUCGUACCCUAUUCUGCAUGGCAUGCUAACUUUAACCAAUGUUUUUAUAGGGCGCACGCCAUAAGUAGUUAGUAGUUAAAGGUCGGCAGAGCAUUGUAGUGUUUCAUGACAAUCCUGGCCGUUUUGUGGCUCGGGUUUGCGUGGGGUGCAUGUGUGCAUAUUGCUUCUUGAAAGCACUUGACAAGAUGCAGGCAGGCUCUCAAGGGAAGAAAUAUAAUGUAUCUGAGAAUAUAGGGAGCUUUCCUAGUGGCUUGCAGCAUUGCCUCAAAUGAGACGUACUACAAAGGCUGUCAUUUCUGGUCAUGACAGUUGGGUAAAACUACGUGUAUACCGACAGUGCAGGGGGAUGUUUCUGUUUCGCCAUUACGUACAACAGUUGACGAGAGAGAGACCAAGUUCAUUUAUGAGUGACACUCGUAACAUCAUUGUAAGCCAAGUUGUGGUUGGGGAAAAUUGCUUUGAGUGCUCUUCAGGAGGAGUUACCAGAGCAAGGACAUGCCUAACAAACGUUAGGGGCUGAUGGAAGACAUCGUGUUGUAUAUUAUUAGCGCUCUUGUAUCGACAUCAACACGUAUCAAGCAAAAAAAAAGCAAGAAAAAAAAAGGAAAGUUAUUCCUGUGGAACGUUGAGCCUUUUCCAACAUUUUUUCAUGCCACUGCUCUUGUUUACUGCAAGCUUUGGCUCAUGGGCGUAUAUGGUUUCGGAAUGGUUGUGUAGCGGAAAUACCAAAGUGUGCAAACGGUGAAAUGUAAUGUACGGUGUGCCUGCUUUUCAUUUCUAUACAAUGUAUGAGAUACGCACGCUGAUUAUCUUAUACUGGUGGUAGGCUUGUUUUCCAUUUUUAAAACGGUGUUGCCACUAGUGUGUAUUUGGCUGUGUAGCUAUGUGCUUAGGUGUGUAGGCACACACCAGCAAUCGAUGCCUUGGGGACGGAGUUCCAGUUCUCUGUGGGUGGACUGCAACAGUCUAUUGUAGCGUGGCAUCUUGAAAGAGUUUGUAGAAAAGCUGUGCGCUCUGUACUGGUAGUGGGGUUCCUAUGUUGCAGUGUUCUAGUACUUGCCGUUGUUUCUCAUAAAGGCUUUAAGGUGGUGUUUGUUAGGCUGGGCUUCAGAUCACACUAGCCUUCUGUAUGUCGUAGGUAGCUUUGUGCGCAAGCACUUCGUAAGCCCGAUAGAGCAGUCAUUCCUGUAGUUACAAAUCAGUGGGUCACUAAAUUUUUUUUCGCGCUUUUAAUGAUUUUUAACGUUCGCAUCCCCUUCAUGAUUUUACUGUGGAGGUCACCAGAGGUGUGUUAUUCAUGUCUGUGUGUGAUAGCCUUGUGUGUGUAAGCCGUUUCAUGACAGUUUGAUGCCUACAGAAGCAGCACGACUUCAUAGUAGGCGGGUACUUUUACAGGAAAGGUGAGAAAAUAAGAAAAAAAAUACAAAAAAGCUGUAGUCUCUGUUUGUGAAUGUCUUUGGAAGAAAGUGUUGUGAUAUUUACUCAUUGCUGCUAUACAUACAACUAUAAAUAAACGCGCCUGGUUGUGCUACACACAGAUAGACGUAAGUGAUGCUGGACGUAGAUGAAGAAUCCUUGCUGUACAGCUUUUCUCCUUUUUGCAUUCGGAACUACGCUUGCCGUACGCUGGCCGGUUGGAAUAUGUAUGCAUGGUAGUUGUGUUGACAGUGCUUCAUUGCGGAUGGGUCUCCCGUUAUUCAGAAGGCCAGCCCUUUUUCCUUAUGGGCACUUACUCUCUACUUGCUGGUUCAUGGCUAGAGGUUUUUCCCAUAAGGUGUAGUUCUCGUUUAGAUUGGGUAAACUGCAGACAGUGGAAUAUACCAUCUCUCAUGUCGCUCACAAAAAUUGUCUGCAGCGAAAGUUACCUCUCCAGGUAGCGUGCCUCUGCUGAGCUCAUUGGGAUUAUUCUUUGUCAUUUGUCGAUUGGGGGGCUCUGAUGUCUUUUAUACAGAACAGCAGCUGAUUACACCUUACCCCCGGAAACUUGAUUCUCGCAAGGAAGGUUCUUGCCGGUCACCUUUCUUAGCAAAACACUUGGAACCACGUUUACUUGCAUUAAGGGAUUAAACACUUGGGAGUCUUGAUUUAUACAAACAAAGCAGGCAUUUUUUUUUUAGUAAUACUUCGAACUUUCCACACAGACUAUAGCACAAUGAAGGAAUUGUUUGCAGUUCACCUUGUUUCUCCACAAAAAGCGGACAGGAUUUUCAAGGUUUUAUCCACUAGUCUGGGCUGUACCUGAGUAACUGGCUGCUUUUGCAUGCCCCAAUGCCUUCUCUAAUUAUUAGCAAGUGCAUUUAAAUAGAGCACUGCAUAUACCUAACUUUUGCUUUUUCUGUUCAAUGAACUCUAUCCAGACGCUCGCAUGUGGGUGGCCCUCGCGAGUUCUAAAUGCACUUCAUUGAAAAAAAAAAGAACGAGUGAAUGAUGUCGUGGUUUGGUUGGGGAAAGACUCGGCAAUUUGCUGUACGUUUAACUGUACAUAGCUGUGUAUACACGCGACUUUUCUGUUUUUUUGUUUGUUUUUAGAAUGUCUGUACAUAGGCUUUGUUGGCUGCCAUGUGAAAAAAACAUAUAUAUAUAUAUAAAUGGAGUGAAAUAAGAAAAAAAAGACCCCAUUGCACUUUGGCACUGGACUGAUCGAUGCGUUUCGUGGGGACAAGCUUACGCGCAACAUACACAUCUGCUGGGCAGUUUGUAUUUGUAUAUUUUGGUUUGUUCGAGCUAUUUUUGUCAAUGCGUGUGCUCGUUAUAGUGACUGCAUCUUACUGGAGGUGUUGCAAACUGAACCAUAGUGUGCUUGUAUACUGUGCAAGUUUUAUUUUCAUUUACUUUUAUUUAGUUUCCUUCUGAUGUGUACCGAUACACUUCGAAAUACACACACAGAAAAGAAAAGCUUGAAAAGCUUAAAAUUCCUUCAUAUUCUUUUUAAUCUUGUACAGCUGUUUGUAAUAAAAAAGUUUUUCUGCUGCCUGUAA